AUGGAAUAGCCUGAGAUGCAAAGAAUAAAUGGCUCUAGUCAUCACGAAGAUGAUAUUGUUGCCUAAGAUAAAUUUACAUGCUAUUAAUCAUGUGUAGCUUGUUGCGGAAAAAUUGAAGGAUGCUUAGGUAUGUGGUUACCAUUCCCAUGCUGCUGCUGCCCUAAACCUUUUGUAACAGUUCCUUCAUCUAGUAAAGGUAUUUUAGAGAAGUUUGGAGGAUUUUAAAAAGUUUUAGAGCCUGGCCUUCAUGAAGUAAACCCUGAAUGUGAAAAAGUUUAUAUUGUAGAUAUGAAAACAAAAGUAUUAGAUCUUAAACGUCAAACAGUUAUGACAAACGAUAAUGUCACAGUAGAUAUAGAUACAGUAGCUUUUUAUAGAAUUGUUGAGCCUAAAAAAGCUCUAUAUAAGAUUGUCGACAUUAAAUUCUCUCUUGAGUAAUUAACAUAUGCUUGUUUGAGAUCUAUUUGUGGUGAACAUAGUUUGCAAGAUCUCUUGGAAAAACGUGAAUAAGUAAAUGAUUAAAUUGAAAAUUAUGUUGAAGAGCAUGUCAAAGACUGGGGUAUUUUUGUUGAAUAAGUUUUUAUUAAAGAUAUGGUUUUGAGCAAAUAACUUAUUGAAGAAAUGUCUAUGGUGCCAGUUAGUAGAAAGAAAGCUGAAAGCAAAGUAAUUUCAUCUAAAUCUGAUGUUGAAAGUGCUAAACUGCUCAGAUAAGCAGCAGAUAUGCUUGCCACAGAUGCAGCUAUGCAAAUUAGAUACUUUGAAGUUGUUUAGGCUAUAUCAGAACACUAAAAUAGAAAAGUAGUUUUCUUGCCUUUAAAACCUGAUGAAGAAUGA